AUGUUAGCCACUGACGAGCUGCUAUGUGAUGAAUUAAGCGUUAAUGGAAGAUGCUACUAUUACGAGGACUCGCGGACCCUCACGUGGUUUACUGCUAGGGAAAAGUGUCAAGAAGUUGGAUUCGAUCUUGUGAGCAUUAACAGCCAAGGCGAAGAAGAUAAUCUUCUAAAUGAAUUUCAAUACAACCAAACAUGGCUGCUUGGGCGGGCCGUGUACAAUGGCAGUGAUUGGCAGAUUAAUGGAAAUCAUUUGUAUAAAGAUACUGAUGUGGAUUUUGAUGGCUACGACGUGCCUAUGUUAUGCCUUCGAGCGAAACAAGAUUCUUUGAAAUACCAAGUCUGCAGUCAGUAUUACUCUACUGAUCUUCUUUGUGAAAGACCUAUCAUUUUUACUGAUGAUAAUUGUUACGACAGCCGCGAUUGCCCAUCUGGCUACAUUUGCUUCGGAUGGCACUGUGAACAACAUGAAAAUGUUACGGAAAUAACAUGCUCAUUUAAUCUCGCAACCUCUGACCUGCUGACCACGUCAGUAAUGGAAUCAACUGGAUACUUUACCACUGUUCCACAAAUGAUAACUUCUAACUCAACAAUGUUUACAAAUUGGACCAACGCUACAACGCUGCAUUAUACUCAGGCACCAACAAUUGCUGCCACGAUUACGAGUAGGCGUAUGGACGAUGAUAAAAAAGCACUGCAGUCUGACUGCUAUAUCAAUGGAAAUCCGGAAAAUCUAUUUUCUGAUAUAGAUAGGAGAGUUGUCGACGACGGCAUCAGCAAUAGAGCGGUUCACGUUGGCAGUGAUGGUAAUUUUUCAACAGUUACCUAUUAUAAUAUGCCAUGUGCGUUUCUGCCACGAAAAUGUGUAAAUGGAUUGACAGUCUCAUUGUGGAUAAAACCGACAUUUACAGAGCUACAUGAUGAUAGUAUUUCUUACAUUACGUCAUCAGGUGCUCCGAGCCGAACAGGUUUUGCUAUCUAUCGACAAAACAAAGAUAUUCAUAUGACUGUGAAUACAGAAGAGCAAAUGUGGGAAACAGUGAUCAGUCAUACUACCCCAGGCUUGAUGUCUGAUGUGUGGAGUAGCAUCGCGUUCACAUGGGCUCCGAAUACAUUGGCAGAUGUAACUUCCGUCGAACCAGUAACGCUGCCUUUAAAUACAACAGAACCACCAACCACACCAAUAGGUACUACGCAACAAGCAACUCAACCACCAUCUGGAGGUAUUGUGUUAUCCGCCUUCUUAGACGGAGAGUUAAUUAACCAAUCAUCUAUAAGUAAGUCCAUCUCGGUUCGAGAGAGCGUGCGUAUGCUGGUGAUUGGAGGAUACUACGAUGCAGACAGUCAAGAAUUUAAUUACUCUAUGUCGGGAUUGUUUGACGAGUUUGCCAUUGCAGAUGAAAAUGAUCGAACUGGUGAUGACCUUCUGCGUGAAGUCGCCCUGGAUGCCUGUAAAACUAUGAAUGAUUGCGACAAUGGAACUUGCUUCACGUCCUAUGGAAAAAGGGAGUGCCGUUGCAAACCAGGCUUCGAGGGAGAUACAUGCGAUUUAGAUAUCAAAGAAUGUGAUAGUUCCCCGUGUCUUAAUGGUACCUGUGUGGAAGAGGUGAACCAGUUUACCUGCGACUGCAUCGAAAAUUGGGCUGGAGUGCUCUGUGACAAGAAUUUAUGUCCGCCUGUAAACUAUGAAGAUGUCAAAGACUUAACAUUUUACAAUACUGUUUGUAACAAAAAUAAUACUGAGUUUAUCAACCCUGUGUAUGCUGCCGCCCAACAUUACCCCCGGUUAAGUGAACUCUUCCUGUACGAUUCAGAAGAAGUUGUAGAAUCGACAGAGCUGAGCAGAGGUGGUACAUGCACGUCACAUCCUGUUCUGAAAUCUCCAGAAGCAUUUUUUAAGCCGCCUGACAUCACAGAAGCAUGCAUAGAUUCACCAUUCUCAUGCGAUAAUGGAUUUGCUGUCUCCUUGUGGGUAAGAAUUGAUAGAAGCAAUUUGACAAACACCAGCGAACCCAUAUUUGGAACGGUGCUUUAUAGUAAGAAAGGUCAAGAAGGACUCGUCAUCAGAUUCAAUAAAAAUAAAAAACUCGUUGUCAAAGUGUUUGGUGAUGGCAGUACGAGUAACAGAAAAACCGUUACGGACCAAUUCAAAUUUGUUGAAGGAAUUUGGUUUAAUAUUGGUGUUUCUUGGCGAAAGGAUACUGAGACUUCUAUCUACAUUAAUGGGAAUUUACAGACGACAAACGUAUCUUACUUAACCUCGAAUAAUAAUAACGAUGGAGAAAGUGAGUUGACCAUUGGCAGCAGCACACUGACGUCAAUCUUUUUGAUGACUGUUUCUGACAUUGUGGUUUGGAAUCGAUAUUUAUUUGAAUUUGAAUCGUAUAGAUUUGUUGGUGUAACUGCCUCUGAAUGGUUAUAUUUAUCGACAAGCAAAUACUAUAUCCCCACGGAUAAAUUUAUCUGGCGUGACCACGCAGCCAUCUUUAACAUGACGAGUGGUACCAGUAAACUUCUCACGAUGCACGUCUCGUCCAUAGUUGACCUAUUACCUACCAGUGGAAGGGAUGUAAAAGGUUCAGCAUUAGAACUAAUGGGCAGCACAGAAUUGGAAACUAUAUUCUCUGGUACGUUUAAUGUUUUUCCCCUUUUUUCUCUUAUGUGGUCAAGCGGAAUUAAAAUGAGCUUUGAAGAUGAUAUGCUAGUUUGUACAGUUUCUGGAAAUGAUAUAAUAGAAGCACGGACGGAUACCAGUGGGUUAAAUUCAGGAGAGUGGGCGAACUUUGCAAUGACGUGGAGUGAGUUGAAAAGUCUUGAUGUUUACAUAAAUGGGAUCUUAGCAGAUUCUUCUAAAGAGAUCAUAAAUAAUACUUUACCUCCGUAUGACGCAAUCGGCAGCCAAACUGGUGUCCUAAAUAUAUUUAAUCUUGCCUUCUGGGAACGAUUCACAUAUUCAAGAAAUUCGGCUAAGUUUCUCGGAGUAACAAAAUCACAGUUCACGUGUGUCACCGAAGCUACUUACUGUUGGCUGUUUGAAUCCGCAUUGAGUCUUGUACAUCCAUACACUGUUAGUACAAACGGUACCCGCUACGUUAUGGAUAGAACAGAAGAAGGGAGAGCAAUUGCAACAGAUGGCGUUACGGGCUGGGUGUCUCUCGGAAAUUUCGACACGUGUCCGGGGGACCCCAGCCAAUGUAAUUCCGGAUUUGCUUUAUCAUUAUGGCUUAAAUUUGUCGACACCAACAAAAUCGGUCAUGUACUGAGUGUUGGCGGAAAGAACACAACCAAGGGUGUAUGGAUUCAGCAAUGUCCGGGCUCAUAUUUCGCUGAAGUGGCAAACGGCACUCAUGUGUGGACGGUGAAUAUCCCAGCUGAAAACACAACUUAUAAUGAAUGGUUCCGUUUCGGUUUAACUUGGGCUGCUGAAAAUGGGUUGUCGAUUUCAAUUAAUGGCAAGGCAAUUUCCGCACAGGAAACAUUUUCAGCCUUUGGCCGAUCUAAAGAAUUCAAUGGCGAGAUGGUUCUUGGCAAAGUAAGCGGAUUGAAUGAAAGUUACGUUAAAGCAGAAUACGAUGAUAUUGAGCUGUACCUAUCACAUGACGUCAAAGAUCUGCCGGAUGUAGAGAGUCUCAGUGGAACUGACGAAAAUGUUAAAUAUGAUACUGCGGAUGAAUAUUACGUCAUUGAAACGGAAGAGGCUUCGAACGAGACUCAGCUCGACUAUGUGUUGCACUAUACAACAGAUCAAGAACAUAAUCAAUAUAGCUACAUUGACAUGGGUGAUUAUGAUAACCUCUGUUUAAGCACCCUUGAACAGUGUUCCUCAGCUGGAGUUACGAUGUCUGUGUGGUUUUUACCUGCUACUGACAAAUUUACAAAUUCAGAAACAAACAGCGAGGGGCGUGGCUACAUUAUCAGUUCCGGGGCUCAGAACAAUACAUCGACUGGAUUUGCCGUAUGGUACAACGGAACGGCCAUAACAGCAAUAGCUAAGAAAAAGAACUUCCAAUGGGAAGCAGCAACAUCAUUCCCAUUCGUUGAGAAGACGUGGAGUAAUGUAGGAUUCUCAUGGAGCGAGCAAUAUGGAAUAGCUCUGUUCAUUGACGGACAGUUAAUGAGUAAAUAUAUUUGUCUUAUUUCGUACAACAUUGAAUGCCACAAUAAUCUCGACUACCUAACAAUUGUUAGCCAGACUCUAGAGGAACAAAACGAACCAGAGUGGAUCGCCUUGCAAAAGCUCCAACCAGGCUCAUCGAGUCUCAUUCAAGAUUUAGACCAUUACACAAUGAAAAUGUCUACACAUAUUAGGGGUGACGAAGGACAUAACUACAUGCUUCUUACUUCACCGGAAAUUGUGGUGGAAAUUCGAUCAUUUCCGAUAGAAUCGUUUGAAACCGACGGUUAUGUUUAUCCUUUCUUCAACGAAGAUUCAUCAAAUUCAUCAACUGACACAAACUCAAGCGAAUUUUGGCAGACAAACACUAACAGUUUCAAACUACCUAGAAAUUUCUUCACAUUUACAAGACAAGGACAAGUCGCAUCGAUUGUGUUCACUUUAUACCAGUCUUUGGAAAAUGUGUUUCCUAACGUGACCAGUGACGAGUUUUACAAAACAGAGGAGCAAAAAUCUGUACUGAAUAGUAAAAUCAUGUCGAUUACUGUCAAUCCACCACUGAGAAUGAACUUAUACCAUCCUUUCACGCUAGUAAUGGAGCAUCUUAGGUCCCCACAGGAAAUCAACAACCAAACGACAUUCGUACCUGUGUGUGCUUUUUGGAAUUACGACUUGAGGAUACCUGGAGUUAAUAACAGUGACGGGGCAUGGGACAAGGAUGGGUGUGACGUCAAAGAGAGCAACGAAAAUUAUACAACGUGUGACUGCUAUCACCUCACCUCGUUCGCAAUAUUCAUGGAGCCGAAGCGCACGAUUUCCAAUGAUGAUGAAGUCAGAAUUACAUGGAUACUCAGGAUAUGUUCGGCAGUUUCAAUCAUCCCAUUGACCGUGUUGAUUGCCUAUUAUUUAUGCACAAGUCGCCUGAAGACCGUUUUUUACAACAUCAACUUGAAUCUUUGCCUGGCUGUUGUUUUCAACAGCAUAGGCUUGAUCGUUUCUGGAAUACUGCACGAUAACAAGACAGCAUGUGGGUAUGUUGGAGUCUACUUACAUACAACAUUCCUGUCAGUAAUCAACUGGUUACUUGUUGGAGCUAUUCAUAUAUACUUUGCGUUUCAAGAUAGUGACGGAAAUGAAAAAAAUGGCAGUAGACAAGUCAACUGCUUUUCAGAAAAAUUCAGUCUGUAUUUGGUUUCUGGCUGGGGGAUUCCUAUGAUGAUCAGUGCCACCACAUUCGCUGUGACCAGAGACACUGGAUAUGCAAAGCAAGCCAGAGGACUUUGUUGGCUGAGCAACCAAGAUUCGAUUCCAUUAGCCUUUACUAUCCCUUUGGGAGUUGCUUCAUUGAUUAUAUUGCUAGUGGUUUUUGCUGUUACCCGAAACAUGACCGACGACUUGCGGCGAAUCGACUUUAGUACUAGUUACAGAUCUGGUACAAAAGGAGCCUUUUUUCUAACCAUUUAUUGUUGUGUGACGUGGGCGUUUGGGAAUAUCGGUCUCUAUGGUGACGACAAAAUAUGGGCAGACUACAUUUUUUCCGUAUUGAUCAGCUUCCUGGGCGUUGCAAUUUUUUGCAUCCAAGGAUUUCUUAACAAGGAGGUGAAUGCAAUUUUGUGUUGGCUGGAUCCCGACAUAGAACUGACGGAAAUACAAAAGAUAGAUAUUAAACCCGACCCUGCUGAACGGGUCCAGCCGAAGUACGUAUAUCAUCCUUAAUGGACAUCGCCCUCCUGGAAGCUUUCUCUGUUAGAUUUGUAGGCCUAUAGAUUGGCCUACACCAAAGGCAUGUAGAAUGAGCCGUCAUUGUUAUAGAUAAAACAGUAGUAUUAUAAAUCAACGUGAUCUAUUUCACUAAUGAUUGAUCAUAGUAAAAUAAAUAUAUUCAAAAGCAUUUUACUCAGUAUAAAUCAAUAUUGUUAAUGUUUUUAAAAUCUAUAUAUUUUAAUCGAUAUUACAAAAUAUUUGCAUUAGGUAACCAUAUUAAACAUAAAUGUUUCUUGUUCAUACAAUACAAUGUUAUGAUAUUCAAUUUAGAAAUACACACAAAAACGAACAAUGUUGGGCAAAUGAUGUCAAACAGAUCUUAUGUACAAUUGGAUAUGGUGGUAUAGUGUAUAUUAAAUACGAUUAAUAAAUAUUGAACGUCAAAUAUUGGAAGGUUACAUCAUACACAAAUAAUCCGUAUAAAUUUUGUUAAUGUAUACCAAAAAUAUCGGUCUUAUAUAUAAGUUAGGAAACUACUUUUAAACGUAUUUAGAUGCAUUCCAACUUAUAAUUUAACUUUACUAAGAAGAUAAACUUUAUAUUGGAAUAAAUUGGAUAUUUGUGUAUUAUUAUACAGUGUACAGUGUAUUAUUUGGGCCAGAGAUCUAUAUGAUCAGUACAAUUUCCUUUGAUUUGUUCCCUUGGACUUGUUCCAAGGAAGAAGUAUAACUAGUGAUCAUGCCCUUGUAUACUAUUCCAUAAAAUAACGUUCAGCAUUUAUUGUUAUUUGUUACGUAAUAAUUUGUUAUUAGUUAGCUUUGAUAUACUAAACAAUUGUCGUGUAAAUCCUUCGUAAGUUUGCCUAUCAUAUUCCUGUAUUUUUCCGUCUUCGUAAGAGUAAAGAGUAUAAAUAUUAUAGGAAAAAUUUCUCGCCGAUUAAAUAAACGAACGGUAGUGGAUAAAGACAAUUUGAUUUCUUGCAUCCAUUCGUAGAAGCCUUAUGAAGAUAAGCUUAACUGAGAGUCUCUACAGAUGGGUAUCUCCGACUUUGAAUUUAACAAAGAUUGAAAUAUGUUAACUAUAGACACAAUGUAUACAUAAAGACCAACCUGAAAACGUAAAAUUUAAUUUAAUAAUACUCUUUGGUACGUCUGAAAUAUAGAGUUAUAGUCUUACUCAAAAAAAGGUUGUAGUUUUUAAUAUAUUUUGUAAAACAAAAUCAACUAAAACUAAUUUUUCCGUAUGAUCUACAAUAAUUUACAUAUAUUAUUCAUAUAUAAAUAAACUGUUUGCUGUUUGUAUUCAUGAUUUAUACAAUGCUAUGCAUACAUAUAAUUUAAUUCAAAAAACAUUUAGAGACUUCUGUAGUCGUUUAAAAUGCUUGCUCAAAAUCAAGGCGUGUCAUAUUAUAGAUAUUUUCAGUGGCUGAAGAACUACGAAUAAGCAAAAGUCCUCUUUGAAAUACUGUAAUUGUAUUAAAUGUU